AUGCUGGGUGGUGAUUCUCCUUCCCUGCAGCACGAGCACUUAGAGGAGCAGUGGGAAAACGCCGCUGCCGUUUUCGGCAAAGCACAUAUCAGGCUCUUUAAGAAAAUAUUGACAGACAAAUCACAACAAAAAGCUGUUCGCGGUCAUGCGGUCCGCUACACGCUGCUAGCCUGGGGACUUCGUACUGCCGUUUGCACGGCUGUUUUUGGCGGUUGUGCGUCCCUGGGUAGUAGUGGCGAUUGGGGCUGUGAAUUCUCGGAGUGCUUAGAGGUUGCAGCAGCGCACACCGUGGCGUUCCCUCUCCCCGCUCUUGGGAAGAUCGUCAAGAAGGCUGCAUGUGUGCCACUCGUGGAAAGGGCUCACCCUUGCUUCCUGUCGUCGCACGACUCUGGUGUUGCGUCCUGCUCUACGUCUUUUCCAGUUUUAGUCGAAUGCAAGAAGCGUAAAGUUGCUCAUUCGGUCGUCGCUACACACUUCCCACCGAGGUCAUUUGCAACCGUCGUCCCUCAGGCAAGAGGGACCCAGCAUUCAAAAGGCCAGUUGCACCAUUCAACGGCACACAAAAUGCCGAAAACAGCCCUUGUUGCCCUCGCAAAUGGGGCAGAAGACAUCGAAUUUAUUACUCCCGUGGACGUUCUGCGGAGAGCAGGCUUUAAGGUCGUGGUUGCCUCUGUAGGCAAUCAUAUGGCGGUAAAGACGGCACAGGGCGUGCACAUUGAGGGCGAAGUGCUCCUGAAGGAUAUCCCAGAGUCGAAGCACUUUGAUGUAAUCGUGAUUCCAGGUGGCAGCAAGGGUGCUGAAAACUGCCGCGAUUGCCCCCACCUCACUCAGCUGCUAAAGGCGCAGCACGCUGCCGGCCGUUGGAUCGCAUCGAUUUGCGCAUCUCCUGCUGUUGUUCUUGCGCACCAUGGCAUCCUAGAUGAUCAUAAAGCAGUCGCAUAUCCUAGUUUCCAGAACGAGCUGAAACACAAGGGAAAGGGACGUGUCUGCGUGGAUAAGCACAUCAUCACAUCGAUGGGCCCUGGCAGCGCUCUGGAGUUUAGCAUGGAGAUCGUAAAUUGCCUUUUGGGGGAGGCGAAGCGUGACGAGCUUAUGAAGGGCAUGUGCGUUGUUUGA